GCAGAUCGGCAGCAGGAGCGCAUCAGCGGUCCACAGCUUUAAACAGCUAUCAUGCAACGGAUAUGUCUGGAAGCUGCAGUCAUACUUGGAAUUGUUAUUCUUCAGAUGAGCAUUUCAUCAGUACCUCCUGACUGUAUGGUUGCUGUGGAUACCUGCAUGUCAGAUUUAUGCAACAGUGAACAGGCCUUUUACACCGACAUCUGUAAUGAUGAAGGGUGCCAAAUAAAAGGCUCAGAGGUCUGUAACAUGACCAUCCAGUCCGUAAUAGACCAAUUUCCUUCACUGCGAGGGUGUGUAUGUGCAUGGGAGGAGGAGGUCUGUGACUCUAUACAAGCGCUGGCCACACAAUGCCACAGCAAGCCAGCAACACAACAAAAGAGGAGCACAGCGAUGGACUGGCAGUUGAGCAGUUUAAUAGGCUAUGCACAUGAUGGUGCUAGAUCCUGCUUGGACCAGAUAAGCAUUUGUCUCAGCGAUACGGUUUGCAACAGACACCUAGCACGUGUUCUUCAGGCAUGUACAGCAGAUCCGUGCGACCCUGACCACUGCCAGCAAGAAACUCAACAGUUCUAUGGCAGCAUGCCGCACAAUGUUGCAGAGAUGUUGGUCAUGUGCGAGUGUGAGGCUUCAAAUCAGAGCUGUCUGCAUAUGAAAAGUGCUCUGCACAGCGGUACAUGUGGAGAUGAGACCCGGAUCUGCCAGGAAACAGUUAACCAGUGUGUCAAAGAUAGUAACUGCAGACACCUGUUAAAAGCUUUCCAAGCCAAAUGCUGGGGCUUUGAAGAUGCAUAUUGCAGCGACGGUGACCUCCAAAAUGUUGAAUGCUUCACCCGGAUGGAUCCGGCGCUCAUCCGCGGUGCAGAUUCUGAAUGUAAAAGGGCCUUCUUGGCCACUUUGGGCUCAGCACUUCACCAUCCU